AUGGAGAAUUUCAACUAUCCCGUUUCGAAGAUCGGUUGUGACGACAAGAUCAUGCAGACCCGACGUCAACUCGAUGAGGUAAUGGGCAUGAUGCGAUCAAAUAUCGAAAAAUUAUCGGAAAGAAGUGAAAGACUAGAGGAUCUAGCCAGCCGCGCUCAAGUGUUGGACAUGUCGUCACAAGAAUUCCAACGUUGUGCCGGUGAAGUACGUCGAAAGAAAUUAUGGAAAGCAUAUGCAUACAAAGCUACCGCUAUCGCUAUCGUUGGCGUCACUGUUAUUUCUACUAUUGGAUAUUUCGCUAUGUGA